AGGUCCCCGCUGAUAGGUGCUUUUGAACUCUGAGUGCAGAAAGUAGCCUUAGAAGCCAGUGUGAAAGUUUCCGAGGGAGACUCCCCAUGAAACCUUUCCCCGGGAAACCAGUCCCCGGGAAACCGGUCCCCACGACCUUGCAGGUGACCUUGCCGUGGCUGCUGGCAGCAAGCUGCCCCGGGAGGCCGGCGGGGGCGGCGCCAGCCCCAGAACCUAGAGCGAGGUGCUGCAGUGGCCGCGGGGCGAGGAGACAGACAAUGGGGAAGCUGACGGCGCUGACUCUGCUGGGGAUAAGCCUGGCCUUGUUGGGGCAGAGGUUUGUGAGGAUCAGAGAGAAAAUGAAUGCAUCUCGAGAAGUAGAGCCAGUAGAGCCCCAGAAUUGCCACCUUAUUGAGGAACUCGAAAAUGGCUCUGAAGAUAUAGAUAUACUCCCUACAGGGCUGGCUUUUAUCUCAACUGGAUUAAAAUAUCCAGGCAUGCCAAACUUUGCUCCAGAUGAGCCUGGAAGAAUCUUCUUGAUGGAUCUGAAAGAGCAAACCCCAAAGGCACAAGCACUGAAGAUCAGUGAUGGGUUUGACAAAGCACUGUUUAAUCCGCAUGGGAUCAGUACUUUCAUCAAAGAAGAUGGCACUGUGUAUCUGUAUGUUGUGAACCAUCCUCACAUGGAAUCCACUGUGGAGAUAUUUAAAUUUGAAGAACAGCAACGGUCUCUCAUACACCUGAAAACGAUAAAACACGAACUUCUCAAAAGUCUGAAUGACAUUGUGGUUGUUGGACCAGAACAAUUUUAUGCCACCAGAGACCGCUAUUUUACCAAUUACUUCAUGAUACUUGAGCAAUUUUUGGAUCUUCACUGGACUUACGUUGUAUUCUACAGCCCAAGCGAAGUCAAAGUGGUAGCCAAAGGGUUUAGCUGUGCCAAUGGGAUCACAAUCUCACUAGACAGGAAGUAUAUCUAUGUAGCUGAUGUAGCAGAUAAGAACAUUCAUGUAAUGGAAAAACAUGAAAACUGGGAUUUAACUCAACUGAAGGUAAUACAGUUGGGAACCUUGGUGGAUAACUUGAGUGUUGAUCCUACCACGGGAGAUAUUUUGGCAGGAUGCCAUCCUAAUGCCAUGAAGCUACUGAACUAUAACCCGGAGGAUCCUCCAGGGUCAGAGGUGGUACGCAUCGAGAAUGCUUUAUCAGAUGAACAGAGGGUGAGCACAGUCUACGCCAAUAAUGGUUCUGUGCUUCAGGGCAGCUCGGUGGCUUCCAUUUAUGACAGGAAAAUGCUCAUCGGCACUGUGUUUCACAGAGCACUUUACUGUGCGCUCUAGACUUCAGAUAUCUCAAAACCACUACGUGAUUGGUAGAAGUAAAUUUGUCAUCGCAGGGCAAGUUUUAAAAAGAGCAGAGAAAAAUCUCAUAAUAGUCACUAAAUGGCAAGUUAGGUGAGUGAGAAGCCAGAGUAUACUGUACUGUGUCAAACAUCUCCAAUAUUCUUUUACAAUAAGAAAUAUGGGCUGUGGCCGUGGAAGCUUCCAGUUCACUCUUAGCGUUGGACAACAGUGUGGCAAGAUUGCUUUCAGGGAUGUGAAGUUUAUGACUGCUGAGUGUCUAGCACCUCCAGGAACUCCAACUUCUCUUCACUCAGUUUUGAAUGGAGACCAACUGCUAAUCAAGUCCUUGUGCCUUCAGCUCACAGCAAGAAUUGAUAACAUGAGACUGUCCAAAGCCGUGCAUUCUUCCCAAGUACAGGGGAACCGGGAUCAGCAGAAUUUACCGGACAUAUGAGGCUGGUGUGGUCAUUUGUAAUCUUUCCUUGUAUUGAUCAUUGAGUGUGAACUACUGCCCAUCCUGCUUUACUCUGAACGGUGAGAUGCAGCCUCAGGGCAGGUAUCUUGCGCUGCUUUCAGCUAGCUCAGCUGGUUAUUUCAACAAGCACUUAUUAAGCAACUUCCUGGAUACUUGGCCCUAAUAAAUCUGAAAUGAAUAAGAUGGUUCUGGACUGUAUAUGUUCAUCAACUGACAAAUGGUUAACAAAAAUGUGGCGUUUAUAUGCAAUUCUUUUUUUUAAUGGUCAUCUACUAUAAAGAAGAAUAAACUUGAGUCAUUUGUAGGAAAAUGGAUGUACCUUGAGACCAAGCCUACAUGUAGCAUGGUUUCCCUUAUGGAGAAAACCAAAAUACAAAUAAAAAGCAACAUUAAAGACAAAUAAUAGGAGAGAGAGAGAGAGAGAGAGAGAGAG